AUGGUCGGCUUAUACGAGUUUAAGUCGAGAUAUGAGGCUGUCAAGGCUGUUGAGACGGACAAGGAUAAGAUUAUUGAGGACUUGAUGGAAGAAGUCAAACGCCUGCAAGAGGCUCUCGAUGACGAGAGAGAAGAAAUGGACAACCAGCGAAUGCUUGUUCAAGCCAUCAAGUCGAAUUCUAAGAGGUAUCAAUGUGAGAUAGCGGAGAUGAAACGUAUCCAAUUCAAUGAUGAAUUCAUCCAAGAUGGACAAAAAGGAGGACGCUCCGCUGCCCGACUGCUUAUUCAGAAAGUUGAACGCUACAUCCAAGAUGUCCAUCACAAUGAAACCUCGAAUGUUCAGUAUAAAAUCCGUGUCUAUGCGAAUGUCCGCGGACUAGCGAGGACGUACCGUGAUAACAAUAUUAUAUCUGAAGAAGCCAUCUUCGGGUCUUUCAUCCAGGGAUUCAAUAUGGAAGAUGUACUGUGUGAUUUCGUGGACGCAGGAGAUGGGAAGGAAUGUUCUGAUGUUAAGAUUCGAGCAGGCAAGAAGUAA